UUUUUUCGGCAAGAUUUGCUUUUUUUCAUAAUGUUCUUGUCUCGCACUUCUUCUGCUGCACUCAAGGCUAGUGCUUGGGCCUCUGUCAAAUCCAACUCUGUUCGCGCUAUCACUACCGCUACUCCUAGCAUUACACAAGCCUUCAAUGCUCAAAAGAACAGCAAUGGUAACUACUUGGUCACUUUGAUUCCUGGUGAUGGUAUCGGUCCCGAAAUCUCUCGCUCUGUUAAGGAUAUUUUCGCUGCUGCCAAGACUCCUAUUGAAUGGGAAGAAGUUGAUGUCACUCCCGUCUUGAAGGAUGGUAAGACUGCCAUCCCUGACGAAGCCAUUGCCAGUGUUCGUAAGAGUACUGUUGCUCUCAAGGGUCCUCUUGCCACACCUAUCGGUAAGGGUCACGUUUCUCUUAACUUGACUCUCCGUCGUACCUUCAACUUGUAUGCCAACGUCCGUCCUUGUCGUUCUGUUGCUGGUUACAAGACCCCUUAUGAAAACGUUGAUACUGUUCUCAUUCGUGAAAACACUGAAGGUGAAUACUCUGGUAUUGAACACGAAGUUAUUGACGGUGUUGUUCAAUCCAUCAAGUUGAUUACUAAGGAAGCCUCUGAACGUGUUGCUCGUUAUGCUUUCACUUAUGCCGAAUCUGUUGGUCGUGACCGUGUCACUGCUGUUCACAAAGCAAGCAUUAUGAAGUUGGCUGAUGGUCUCUUCUUGGACGCCUGUAAGCAAGUUUCUAAGGACUUCCCCAACAUCAAGUUCGAUGAUGUCCUCUUGGAUCGUGCUUGUCUUCACAUCACUGCCGACCCCUCUCUUUACGCCGACACCGUCAUGGUCAUGCCCAACUUGUACGGUGAUAUCUUGUCCGAUAUGAGUGCUGGUUUGAUCGGUGGUCUUGGUUUGACUCCUUCUGGUAACAUUGGUCGUGAUGCUUCCAUCUUCGAAGCUGUCCACGGUACUGCUCCUGAUAUUGCUGGUCAAGACAAGGCUAACCCCACUGCUCUUCUCCUUUCUGGUAUCAUGAUGUUGAAGCACAUGCGUCUUACUUCUCAAGCUGAAAACAUUGAGCAAGCUGUCUUCAAGACUCUUGCUGAAGGCAAGGCCUUGACUGCUGAUUUGGGUGGUCGUGCUUCCAACACUGAAUACACUAACGCCGUCAUCUCUAACUUGAAAUUCUAAAAUAUAUACAUAUAAAUAAGCAUACAUAUACACAUGCACGCAUUAUUAUAAAAAAAAAAAGAAAAAUAAAUAUAUUCAUUAUAUAAUA